AUGGAAGAAAGAAACACACAGAACCUGCCUAGUUGGAAAAAAGUGCACCAGUCUCCUGUGUCGACCCAGUGUCUUUCUCCCAGGGAUCCCUUCGAGUCCGCCGACGCCACAAGUCCGUCCAGCUAUUGUCCCGACUACACCGUCCGAGCCCUCAGCGACCUGCAGCUCAUACGGGUGACUCGUCUCCAGUACCUGAACGCUCUCAUGGCGUCGCGGGUCGGUCACAGUCCAGAUCCUCCAGAGAUUAAGAUCCUGCCCAACAGUCAGACCAAGCUGCUCAACGACAGAAACUCACAGCCAGAGUUCCCCGUCAACUUUUCCUUCUUUGAUACCAUUGAGAAUUACUGUUAGUAUUUAUUCAUUUAAUGUUUGUUUGUCUGCAUGAGGUGAAAUGCAGCCGUCUGAGGCGUGACAGCAGACACACACACACACACACACACACACUCCGCUGUCCCCCUGUGUGCGUUCCUGUGUGUUCAUGUGUGUUUGGUGACGUUUUAUUUCCUCUGCUCUUUCCCUGCAAUCAUCUCCCUUCUCUCCAUCAGUUAAAGGUCGUGUCUGAUCUGAUCCACAUGUUUAUAUCCAUGACCUUAAAGGCUGAGACGUGUCCCUCUGGCGUCCACACUGGAGGCUCAUGGGCACGAAGGCAGAGACGCGGCCCGAACCUGAGCUGCUAACGGUUCAAUCGGCUUGUUUUCAAUAGACACAAUUUGCUGAAAUGCAAAUAUAUAAUAUAUAUAUGUAUUUAUAUUUGAAUCACUAAACAACCUGUUUACGUCCAGUAAAGUGUAGUUCCAAAGCGUAAAGCACCAGACCUCCAAAUGAAGUCAUAAUAGUUGGUUUGAGCUUCUUUUCAUGUAUCACCAAAUAUAUUUGCAGAAAGUCAUACAGAAAAAACCUAUUUUCAUUCAAACAUUAACCUAAAAUAUAUUUCUGAAUUAGCACCUCUUUAUGUUGUAAAAGCUUGAAGUCUUUGCUUUAAUUUAGUGGUCCGAUGUUUCGCUGAGUGCAACUCAAUGAAAAUUAGAGAAUUUCUGAAAUCUUUAUUUAAUAUAAAAACAGGUUUACGUUUCAGUCUUUAUCAAAUAAAGCGAUCCUACAGAAAGUAGCCUGGAAGUCAUUUUACCUUAAGUGGUCAAUUCCUUUGUACGGUGUAAUAUGACAUGUUUCUUCCGUUUAAUUUCUCAUUAAAUGUGUAAAUAUCCCAUUAAAGCAGCGUAGUAUAUAAUUAAUAAUGA